AUGGCCCUCAAGGGCCACAUGCACCUGAACGUGGGCAGCAAGCCUUUCCAGUGUCCUUACUUCUCCCGCAAGUUUAACCUCAAAGGCAACAUGAACCGGCACAUGAAGGUCAAGCACAGAAUCAUGGACAUCGGCUUAGAUAUCCACGACCCCAUGACAGAGCUGACAGGCACUGACCCCUGGGAGCUUGGUAGCCAGCAGGAGAUGGAGGGCUUCCUGGAGAAUGCCUAUGCAUACGCUGGUGUGGACGACAGCUCCAAGGCCAGAGUCCUCCCCUGGCAGGUCAUGAAGGAGAUGGCCUACCACCAGGCAGUAUAG